UGUGGACACACCAGUUGAGGCUGCCUUCCAGGAAGCCAAAAAAAAGGGAAAAGAAAGAAAGAAAAAGGAGGAAUAGUGGAGAGCAGGGGCUCGGCCGCCGCCCACACGCCGCGACCCGCCUCUUCGCCGUCCCGGCCGCCGCCCUCGGCCCGGGCCGCUCCCGGGUGCCCAGCCCUCGGAGCCGCGGGCGGCCGGGCGCUGCCCGCCGGCGGGGACCUCAGGGAUCAUGGCCCAAGUAGCAAUGUCUACCCUGCCUGCUGAAGAUGAGGAGUCCUCGGAGAGCAGGAUGGUGGUGACGUUCCUCAUGUCUGCUCUUGAGUCCAUGUGUAAAGAACUGGCCAAGUCCAAGGCAGAAGUGGCCUGCAUCGCAGUGUAUGAGACAGACGUGUUUGUCGUCGGGACUGAGCGAGGACGCGCUUUUGUCAACACCAGGAAGGAUUUGCAGAAGGAUUUUGCAAAAUACUGUGUUGCUGAAGGGCUGCCUGAGAUAAAACCCCCGUGCCCAGCAAACGGGAUGCCGAUGGAUGCAGGAGAAACGGAAAUACUCAGAAAAGCAGUCAAGGACUAUUUCUGCUUUUGUUAUGGUAAAGCCUUAGGAACAACAGCGAUGGUGCCUGUUCCAUACGAGAAGAUGCUGAGAGACCAGGCGGCUGUGGUAGUGCAGGGGCUUCCAGAAGGCGUUGCCUUUCAGCAUCCUGAGAACUAUGAUCUUGCAACCCUGAAAUGGAUUUUGGAGAACAAAGCUGGAAUUUCAUUCAUCAUAAACAGACCUUUCCUAGGUCCAGGGAAUCAGCUAGGUGGGCCUGUGGUGGUGACAGACGCUGAGAGAUCGAUGACAUCGCCAAGUGAAAGCUGUGGCCCCAUCAGUGUGAAAACUGAGCCCAUGGAAGAUUCUGGCAUUUCAGUGGAAGCGUCAGCUGUGUCAGUCAAGAAAGAAUCAGAUGAUCCUAAUUACUAUCGAUACAAUAUGCAAGAAAGCCAUCAUUCUUCUGGGAGCAGUGAAGUAAUAGAAAUGGAAGUACCAAUGGAAGAUUCUACUCAGCUUCUCCCUCCAGAAAUGAGUGAGGACCCGGAAGCUGAGGUGAAAAUUGAAGGAAACACAGAUUCACCCAGCGUUACAAAUUCUGCAGCAGGUGUUGAGGAGCUCAACGUCAUUCAGGUGACAGUCCCAGAUAAUGAGAAGGAAAGAUUAUCAAGUAUUGAAAAGAUAAAGCAACUAAGAGAACAAGUCAAUGACCUCUUUAGUCGAAAAUUUGGUGAAGCAAUUGGAGUGGAUUUCCCCGUGAAAGUUCCCUACAGGAAAAUCACAUUCAACCCUGGCUGUGUGGUCAUCGAUGGCAUGCCCCCAGGGGUGGUCUUCAAAGCCCCCGGUUACCUGGAAAUCAGCUCCAUGCGAAGGAUCUUGGAUGCGGCAGAAUUUAUCAAGUUCACAGUCAUUAGACCGCUUCCAGGCCUUGAGCUUAGCAAUGUGGGAAAACGAAAGAUAGACCAAGAGGGCCGUGUAUUUCAAGAGAAGUGGGAGAGAGCAUAUUUCUUUGUGGAAGUGCAGAAUAUUCCUACCUGUUUAAUAUGCAAACAGAGCAUGUCAGUGUCAAAAGAAUACAACCUAAGACGCCACUAUCAAACCAACCACAGUAAGCACUAUGACCAGUAUACUGAGCAGAUGCGUGAUGAGAAGCUUCACGAGCUGAAAAAAGGACUCAGAAAGUAUCUCUUGGGUUCAUCAGAAAUUGUGUCCCCCGAGCAAAAACAGGUGUUUGCAAACGUGGGUUCAAGUGAAAAUACUGCUGUGCAGCCUGUAGAAGACGUGGCUGGGAACUUAUGGGAGAAGUUACGUGAAAAAAUCAGAUCUUUUGUGGCAUAUUCUAUCGCAAUUGAUGAGAUCACAGACAUAAAUAAUACCACCCAGUUGGCCAUAUUCAUCCGUGGUGUCGAUGAGAAUUUUGAUGUGUCGGAAGAACUUUUGGAUACGGUGCCCAUGACAGGUACAAAAUCUGGAAAUGAGAUAUUUUUGCGUGUUGAGAAAAGUCUUAAAAAGUUUAAUAUCGACUGGUCAAAAUUAGUAAGCGUGGCCUCAACUGGCACCCCUGUGAUGGUAGAUGCAAACGACGGACUUGUUACAAAACUGAAGUCCAAAGUGGCAGUGGUUUGCAAGGGCUCAGAUCUGAAGUCCAUUUGUUGCAUUAUUCACCCAGAAUCGCUUUGUGCUCAAAAGUUAAAGAUGGACCACGUCAUGAAUGUGGUCGUUAACUCUGUGAACUGGAUAUGCUCCCGUGGACUGAAUCACAGUGAGUUUACGACUCUGCUUUAUGAACUGGACAGCCAAUAUGGCAGCCUUCUGUACUCCACAGAGAUAAAAUGGCUCAGUCGGGGGCUGGUGCUGAAGAGAUUUUUUGAGUCCUUGGAAGAAAUUGAUUCCUUCAUGUCAUCCAGAGGAAAGCCUCUGCCUCAACUGAGCUCUCAAGAUUGGAUCAAAGACUUGGCCUUCUUGGUCGAUAUGACGAUGCACCUGAACACUCUGAAUGUCUCUCUCCAAGGGCAUUCACAAAUCGUCACGCAGAUGUACGACUUGAUUCGGGCGUUCCUGGCAAAACUGUGUCUUUGGGAAACUCAUUUGGCAAGGAAUAAUCUGGCCCACUUUCCCACCCUGAAAUCGGUUUCCAGAAAUGAAAGCGAUGGCCUGAACUACAUUCCCAAAAUUGUGGAAUUAAAGACUGAAUUCCAGAAAAGGUUGUCUGAUUUCAAACUCUAUGAAAGCGAACUAACCUUGUUCAGCUCCCCCUUCUCCAUGAAUAUCGAGAGCGUGCACGAGACGCUUCAGAUGGAGCUUAUUGAUCUGCAGUGCAACUCGGUACUGAAGACCAAAUACGACAAGGUGGGGAUACCGGAGUUCUACAAAUACCUCUGGAGUAGCUACCCAAAAUAUAAAACCCACUGUGCGAAGAUUCUCUCCAUGUUCGGGAGCACCUACAUUUGUGAACAGCUGUUUUCCAUUAUGAAACUGAGUAAAACCAAAUUCUGCUCCCAGUUAAAGGAUUCACAGUGGGAUUCCGUACUCCGCAUCACAACAUGAUGAAGAACACACUAACGGCAAUGCCCUGUGGAGCGUAAGACUAGAAUCCUCUAAGCCCAAGGGAUUGUGAGAUGAGAAAAUGAAUUAUUAAAUAUUUCUGUUUUUCACUUUUUUCCACUCUGACUUGGAAAUAUAAUUUGCAGUAUCAUACCUGUUUGUAUGACAUUUUAUGCUUCACCAUAGUCCAGUAAAAAUCGAGAAAGUUGACUGUUC